CGCUGUUUCGCUUGAAGUCUUCUCGCUGCCUCCGCCCGCCCGCGCUCCGGGAGCUGAUGUGAUCCUCGUGGCUCGUUCGCCCAGGCUACUUCUGAUGAUUGUAUGCUGCCCUUUCAUCUGCAAAGAUGGUAAUAAACCUUUGCCUUCCACAGUUCAAACCAAGAAUUUACUGCAACAAGAUCUCAGCAGAUGGCUAUGAAGUAGAAAAUCUCAUCUCUGAAGACCCUGUGAAGAGAAACCGUGGCUUUCGCACUGAGUAUUUCAUUAAACCACCAAUCCAUGUGACUGUGUCUUUUCCCUUUAGUAUAGAACUCAGCAGGAUUAAUGUGGAUGUCACAGCAGGGGGAAUCCAAAAUAUUGUUGGCCUAGAAGUGUUCACAUCUACCUCAUCAGGUAAAACCUACUGGAGCACCAUGGAAUCUGAGCCCACAGUCUUGGAGCCGACUAACAUUGAAAAAGAAAAUUUCACCUUGGUAGGGAGAAUCUUGGUAAAAAACCAGGGUCGAGCAACGUUCACCCACAGGGGCUUCAGGGCAAGGCCACCAUUCCAUCUUUUGGAAACUAACCUCUGCACAGGUGGAAAUGUAAAUCAGGAUCUCUGGAGUAAAGGCCCCUUCUCUCUUGCUCAUGUGUCCAUUUUAAAGCUCUCUGUUAACCUUAUUGCUGGCAGUGGAAUCACUUGCAUUAAGAAGAUGGAAGUCUGGGGCCAACCGGCCAAAAACUGUCCCCAAGAGGUCAUAGACAACGUCAUGGUGUUAGCCUCCAGCCUUUCUCGAGGCUUGAAUCCCAUAGCCUCCCACCCUACCCCAGCAUUGCCAAUGGAGAAUGACUGUGAGCCCUGUGGCCACUCCCACAGCCAGCGGCCAGCUGGUCUUCGGGAACUGACCGAUGUGAUCCAGGAUGUGCCUGAGGAAUUCCUGGAUCCAAUCACUCUGGAGAUCAUGCCCUUCCCCAUGCUGCUCCCCUCAGGCAAGGUCAUUGACCAGAGCACCCUGGAGAAAUGUAACCGGAGCGAGGCGGUUUGGGGCCGAGUGCCUAGUGACCCAUUUACAGGGGUGGCCUUCAGCCAGCACUCCCAGCCAUUGCCCCACACUGCUCUGAAGGCCAGGAUAGACUAUUUCUUGCUCCAGCACACUCCUCCUGGCUGCAACCUUCUUGGAAGAACCCAGCCUCCUGGGGUAGCAGUUCCCUCUUCCAUCGCUGUGGCUUCUCGCAAGAGAAAGGGGGAGUUCAUGGAGCUAUUGCCAAAUGACAGGCCUCGUAUGGAGCCGCCUCCCAAUUUUUUUACCACAGACCCACGAGUCACAUCUACCUCGGAGCACAACAGUAAGAAAAUGAAAUCCAACGUGGAGUCAAACCUGCCACACAUGGAUUGCUCAUCAGCAGGUUCCGUUUCCCACGAACAGAGGUUAUCAGAAAGUUUGGAUGUGGCCUUGACUUCGGCCCUCAGCACUCGGCCGUCCUUCACAAGCCGCCUGACGAAACCUCAGCCCUUCAGUUCAGGGAGCUCCGGCAGCAGCUCCUGGAGUUCCACUCUUGAGACUGUGACCUGGAGCUCGGGUCCUGGAUGCAGCGCCUGCAGCAGAGUCUUCACUACUUUCUUCAGAAGCGAUCCUGCUUACCAGCUUCCCUGUGGCCACCUGGUGUGCCGCACCUGCUUAGCGGACAGGGAGAAGUCCCCGACUCUCACUUGUGUGAGCUGUAAGAAGGCUGCUGCCAACGAGGAUAUUCUGAGGGUCCAUCUCUAAGUCUGUGCUCCAUGGAGAAAAGAGGCAUCCGAGGAAGGACAAGAGGAGGGUGGGAAAAGGAGCAGAAAGGGACUUCCCUCAGGGGGGCCUGGGCCAGAGAACUCCUGGUUAGUCUGCUGGGCGGAAUUGGGCUCUGAACCCAACCUUCUGUCCCCAAGGGCAGUGCUCAAGCUGAGUGUAACAAAGGACCAUCCCUCUGCAUCCCACCUGAAGCAGUAAUAGGAUACCCAAGCCAUAUGCUUACAGGAUGGGAGUUGGUGAAAUGCUGGGGCCAUCCUCUCCCCUCCCCCUCUCCCAAUCACUCCCCAGCCCAGGCACCCGGGGUCUGUUUUGUCUAACCUUGGGAGUCAAACCCUCCUUAGCUGUGGUCCUUCCUUCCAGGAUCCAUCCCUCUGCUGCAGGUAUCUGUCUGGGGAAGUCUUCCCUUGGGUUACCUGGGAAGCCAAGAGCAGUCUGACCCUUCUCCUAGUCCCUCCCUUCCUCUUUCCCUCCCCACCAGCCCCUUCCUGCAAAGUGAAAAAAGAGCUGGAGUUCCCAGGGGGCCAAGUUUGGCAGAAGUCCCUAAGCACAUGGCCUCUGGAUGGCACAGGAGCCAAGUCUCCCAGGAACAGAGUGGCAUCCAGUCAUGGGAAGGGUGGGGGGACUGGGAGGGGAGCUGGCACUUCUUUUGUGUGAACAAAUAGUUUCUUGUCUAUCUGUCUGUUCGUCUGAGAAACUUCAAGCCUUAAUAAAGGGAUGGUUUGGGCUGCC